UGACCCCGUGACCCUUACCAUCUCCAAGGUCAACCCGUCCGUACGAUGGAUGGUUGCAAGAAGGUUGGACUGGAGUUGUUGGCGUUCCGUAAGACUAUCAUUCUUAUAGCGGGACCGCCGCUGCUGGCGUUGCUACAAUGGGUGCUUCCUAUACCUGCCAUAGGAACAAAGUCCGGUAACUGUCUCUUCACCGUGCUUGUCAUGGCGCUCUAUUGGAUGGCGGAGGUGCUGCCCCUGGCGGUCACCUCGCUCAUCCCCAUCAUCUUCCUGCCUAUGAUGGGUGUACUUAACUCCACUACCGUGGCCGCCCAGCUGAUGCUGGGAUUUAUGCUGACUACGUUCCUGCUGUCGAUGUGGAUCAGCAACACAGCGGCGACGGCGAUGAUGGUGCCGAUAGUACAGGCCGUCGUCGCUCAACUCAUAGAGAUACGCCAUAACAAGGCAGACUCCGCCGCCGCGCGCCUGCACGAGCUAAACGCCGACGAUUCUCCGGCAGGCCCCCGUGCGGCGCUGCUGGACUGGGCGACGGUGCAACACAAGAUGCCGUGGGGCAUAGUGUUCCUCAUGGGUGGAGGUUUUGCUAUCGCCAAGGGCGUCGCGUCUCUCAUCUCUCUCUCUCUCUCUCUCUCUCUCUCUCUCUCUCUGCCUUACGGUAUCUUGUGGGAAGGAGCCUUCCCCUCGGACGGCGAGGAGAAGCAGAAGAAGAAGAAGGAAGCGGCGCAGUAUGGAGGAGCGCAUCCCUCUCCGGUCGCGAGGCAGUCAGACGGAAUAUAUGACUCUGGAGUGAGAACGUCAACGCAAACUAAGAACAAAGCUUCUAAGGCGGCAGUCAUGAACGUCAGUCCUCUGUACCUGAUGUUCCCAUCAACGAUAGCAUCCUCUUUCUCCUUCAUGUUGCCCGUAGCAACGCCACCGAACGCCAUCGUCUUUGCUACCGGUGACCUGCAGGUCGUUGACAUGGUGAAGACGGGAGCGUUGAUGAAUCUGUGUGGCAUCUUGCUGGUCGUGCUGCUCGUCAAUACGUACGGUGUCUGGGUUUUCGGCUUCGGAGAGUAUCCGGACUGGGCGGCAGAGGUCGUGCCGCGCAUCGUUGCCACGACAACGGAGGCUGCGGCAGACGCCUUCAACGUCACGGCGCUAUGAGUCACGUGACGCCUAGCCAUUACACUACUGCUGCUGCUGCUGGUGGUGUGCCGCUGGGAGAUGUUGACCGAUGGUGCCGGUGGGAGAGGUGUACCGGUGGUGUUGGUGGGAGAUGUCGAACGGUGAAUUUAAGCGUCAAACGCACUUUUUUUUAAAUAUACACGCGAAUACAAUGGCAACAAUAGACGUACCGAGAAGAUAGAGAAAGAGAAAGAGAGAGAGAGAGAGAGAGAGAGAGAGAGAGA